UAAUGACAAAUGACAUAUUUUGACAUUUGAUAGCGUUUUUUUUAUUGUGAAAAAAAUAUAUAUUUGUCUUUUAAUUCGUUCUAUAAAUAAUAACUGCAUUUGCAUUUUAAAAUUAUAAAAUAAGAUCACAUUUGUUUUAAUUGCUCAAUAAAAUUACACAGUUGUCUGUGAUAAUUUAAACAAUUAACAUGACGCACCGAUCUCUAACCUUCGUCACUGGUAAUGCUAAAAAAUUAGAAGAACUAAGAGCAAUCUUGGGUGUUAAUUUUCCUUUAGAAAUUAUAAAUUACAAAUUAGAUUUGCCAGAACUACAAGGAGAAGUAGAUGAGGUAUCUGUAAAAAAAUGCCAGGAGGCCGCGCGGCGUUUAAAAAAGCCUGUAUUAGUCGAAGACACCUCGUUAUGUUUUAAUGCUUUGAAAGGUCUCCCAGGUCCUUAUAUAAAAUGGUUCCUAGAAAAACUGCAGCCUGAAGGUCUCCAUCGACUACUGGCUGGGUGGGAAGACAAAUCGGCAGAGGCAGUGUGUACUUUUGCCUACUGCGCUGGCAACUGUGAUGACCUGGAUGUGGUUUUGUUUCAAGGUAUAACAAAAGGAAAAAUUGUACCUCCAAGAGGAACAAGGGAUUUUGGUUGGGAUUGUGUCUUUCAACCUGACGGUCAUGACAAGACUUAUGCAGAGUUACCAAAGAGUGAAAAAAAUAAAAUUUCUCAUAGAUACAAAGCAUUAGAAAAACUAAGGACUUACUUCACAGAGAAGAAACCCUAAUAAAAAUUACUUAGUAUAAUUAUAAUAGAAAAAUUCUGUUUGGCACCGUUAGUAAUACAUAACAUUGCCACAUGUUGUCUAUAAAUAGCUUAUGACCUUUCUACAAUAUUUUGUAUUCUAUUUAUGUAUGUUUAUAAGAAAUUAAAACAAAUGCUGGAGAGUAUUCUCUAAUAAUAAUUUUGUAAUGUUAAUCAUGAUAUUGUUAACUCAUUUAAUGUUACCACAUUCUUAAUUAUUAUUCCCUAAAUAAAAUGUACUGUUAACAAUGCUGCUUAUAUAUGCAAAUUAACAAUUCUAAUUGCACAUUAACUUUAAUUAUAAUAUUAAAAAAAAGUAUGUGCCAUUAUGAUCAAACUUUAUUCUAACUGUGGUCUCACAGUGAAAAUCAUUUAUUGUGGCUGUUUGUUCACAUUUAAUUGAUGACUGUGUCAAAUAGUUUUUUUAAAUCAUAAUCAUUUUUUUUGUUUGAUAAUUGAUGCUGUAGUCAUUCAAAAUGAAUAUGGGUCAUAGGUUAUUUUAUUUAAGUGAAAUGUAAAUACCUACUGUUUUAAAAUAAAUGACAAAUUUUGUUA